AAAUCACACAGGCAAACGACGGCGAGAAAAGAGCGAGGGAAAACUUCUGAGGAAGGCGAAAGCGAAAACCCAGAUGAAAAACCUGGAUACUGUAGUGGAAGCCAACCAAAGAUAAAGAAAAUACCAUUUUACCAAACCAAAUCAUGCCGCUUCACAAGUCAACUCGGGGUUCUCGACUGGACCCGACCAUGAUCUCGGCCCCUUUGGAUGACUUUCGCCACACCAUGCACAUUGGAAGAGGAGGGGACACCUUUGGCGACACCUCCUUCCUGGCCACUCUAGGGCCGAGCCCUCCCAAUCCUGACCCGGAGGGUUCAGGGAACAUUCCAGCUGCAGACCCGGAGGUGUCAGCUCACCACGGAGAUCUUCACACGGAUGCUCCGGGAAGCCUACAGAACAAUCAGCUUCACCACUCUGAGUCAAUGUCUUCAAUCACCAUGGAUCUGGAUCUGGAUCUGGAUCUGGGCCCCUCUAUGCUCGGGGAUGUAUUAGGGGUGAUGGAUGGUUUGACACUUGACUGCAAUGAGGAUGUGCCCAGUCACCAAAGUGGCACCUCCACAGUGGUAGCUAAACCAGGCAAAGGGGCCAUGGGGAUGCCCGUGAACACAGAAAAAGCGAUGAAUGUGAAGAACUUGGAUGGAAACCAGAUGGGAGACAGGAGGAUACCAGAUGGGAAUGACAUCAAACCCAAAGGGUUACGACCAAAAGUGAGAUUCAGCGACAAGAGAGAGGAAAUCAUUCGCCAGGCGUCUGAAGAGGAAGAAGGCAAUGCCUUUGACUACCAGGAAGAAGAUCAGCUGCCUUGUCACAGUCCAGUAAGAGGUGAAAACGAGAGGGAAAAGAACCCGGUUGGUGAAACCGAGCUCACCAAUCACAGAGCAGAUUUACCACCCAGUCCAGGUUCAUCACACAGUUCGGAGUAUGAUGCAGUCACUCCAUUGGACAGAAGGAGGGUGAACAGCGGCCAUUCAGAGACUGAUUCAGAGGAGGAGGAGGAAGAGGAGGAGGAAGCAGGACGGGGCUACACAUUUGAAGAUGAAUCUGAUGAUGAAAUAGGUUUAUAGAGGACAGCCAUUGCUUUUUUAAGGAAACAUACAGUAUUUUCUGUCAAGAAACGUAAAGUAUGCUGUAUUUUCCUUAACUCAUCUAUCAUUGAAUGGAAGGCUUAAACAUGAAACAUCUGUAUGCAAACUGGACAUUAAAAAAAACGUGAGGGGUACAAUUAAGACAAUGUUGCUAGAACUGGAAAAUACAUUUUUAGUUUUAUCUACUAAGGUAACAGGCUAGCAAAAGACUUUUUAAACCAAAAAUAUGUUGUAACACUUAUGUAACAGUGAAAACUUUGUAGCACUUUGGUUCACUUCAUCCAGCUCAAAGCUUUGCCUACAGACUGUCGCUGUGCAGAAAAUGUGAUUGUUAAUUUCUUCUAUGUCUUAUAUCUGAUAUAUAAUCCAUACAUUAUAGGUGCUGUGUUUAUCAAACUUUAUUUUUCAGUGCCUUAAAGGGAGCUGUACGCUUACAUUAUUGUACCAUGUGCUACAUCAGUGCCUUAAUAGUCCUUUAUUGCUUUUCUUGGUUAGAACAGUCUCUCUGUCUUCUGUUUUAUCCAUUUAUAAAGCUUACAAAGAGUCCUCAGAGAUAGUGUUGUUCCUUAAUUACUGUGAAUUCAACACAUUCCAGAUUUGGUGUUGGAGAAUUUUUAGUUUGGACCAAACCACAACGGAAACUUAAAAAAAAAAUAAGGUCUUUAACUCACAAGAGCUGUUUUAUCUGUGGGAUUCGGUUAACAUUAGAGGGCUGCGACAAUCAUGGGAGUUCAACAUUUAAAAAACAAUCAUAAAUCAGAAUUAGCAGUGUGUUGUUCAUUAGUUUUGCUUAUAUCAUGCUUUAUUUUUGUGUUUUGUAUCAUAAUGCUGUAAAAGGGAGAUACCUUUUGACUCACCUGUUAAAAAUGCUGGUUUAAAUACAUCAGUUAUCCUGUGAUUUGAUAAAGAUUACAGUGAAAACAAUAAAGUAAUUAUUGGGAUUUAAUUAUUACAACCCCUGAAUUAUUUUAUUUUGUCUUAUUUCAGUUUUAAAAAAGCAAUGUCUGAGUUAUCAUGGUUCAAACUGCAUUUCCAGAUAAAGUUUUUAAAAAUGCAUCAACAAAGCCCUUUAUUUAACAGAUCAGUGAUUCUUACUAUCUUCAUAAGCCAGCUGCAUUUAAAAACCGGAAUAAAAGUAGAUUUUGAUGCCAACAUGUUCAAAGUCCACUGGUAGAGAGACUAUCUCCCUUCUUUCUCAUUAAACCAUAAACAGCAACUGGACUGGUAAUAAGGAUGCUAAUUGUUGCAAUUUUCCAAUAGGAUUUUAUGCCCAUUCUUGCUUAAUACAAGAUUCUAGUUUCCAAAGAGUCCAUCAUGUCUCAGGAGACACAUCUGGACUGCAUAAAUUGUGCAGAAUGAGGUCUGACAUUAAAUCUAGUAACCGCAAAGCUCGCAGGAAAGGACAUUACCUUAAUGGUAUAUUACGUGUUUUCAAAGUUACGCCUCUGUGUCACAUGUGGAAGUAAAAUAUCCAAUCAGGAGUGAUGCAACCCUACACCAUAAUAGAUGCUGGCUUUUAUAUUCAUUUCUGAUAAUAAUCCAAAUGGUUUCUCAUCUUUUUCAUGAAGAAUCUGACAUCCUUUUUUUAUCAAAGCAAGUUGAACCAGGGACUCCUGGUCAUGGAAUACAAUACAGCAGAAUAAAAAGCUUUUGUUGUCAAAAUACUUUGUGCAAUGAAAUUUGAGAGCUAUUCUUAUGGGUGCAGUUUUAAAACAUUUGAAAAGAAAUCCAGUAUUGCUAAUAAUACAUAUUUACAUACACUUACUUACCAAUUCACAUACAUACAAACUGCACAGCUUAAAAUACAGAAAAAAAGGAAAAUACAUAAAUAAAUAAAAAUAUGAACAUAGAAUGUUUAACACUAUGGCGUCCUGAUAAAAGACAUGUCCACUGUCCUCUUUGCCCAUCUAAGAUAAACUUAAAAGUACCCCUGCAUUUUUCAGCACAAAGUUGAUGUACAGCUUCCUCCUUGCGUAAUCCAGUUUCAGAUUGCAUUUCUGGAUGCAGAGGCGGACUGUGUUGAUUUGUUUUUUUUUCUUUUCUUUAAAUACUGCUGAGUCCAUCUGGCUAUAAUUGAUCUCCAUGUCAAAACGGUUUGUUUCGAAGUGUCACCUCAGUUUGAAGGUCAAUGGAACCCAGCAAUGAUUUUUGAACUUGGCUUUCUUCUGGGGUUUUUUUUCCUCUCUGACAAGAGUUUAGCACCUUAAUGUGGAGAACAACAACCCACCCUUGCUUGGUGGAUGCUCCUAAAACCCAUUCCGACCUAUGGUUUCAUUUAAAAAAACUUUUUAUAGCCUAAUGACUUUUUGGGAAACUAAUCUAUCCAACAAAUACUUUUGUCUAAAUAUUUGAGUAAAUUAGAAAUGUAAAAUGAAAUCUAACUUGAUGGUUUAAACAGUGUUUUAGUGUAGAUAUCCCAACUGAUGUGUUUUAAAUGUAUGGAUAUGUGUGUGGCUUCGGGUUUGUUAGGUAAAAGCACAUGCUGCAUCAGCUCUGAGAGGGUUAAUACCAAACACUGACAUCCUCAUCUGUCACUAAUUAAUCUGCUGAUUGUAGAAUCUUCCAGAAGAGUGUUACUUAAUCUGUAAACAUUUCUUUGUUUCUCUUCCAGCCUUUUUGGAGAGUGUUGCUGGCUUCAAAAUCAUGGUUUACUUUUCCUUUUUUAUUGCAGUGAAGCAGCUCAAUUAAGAUGGAAAAAUAUUUUUAUUG